CUUUAUUUCCCUUCUCUCCAUCUAUCAAUCGGCAGACGGAUAAGAUUUGAAGUGGGUAUUUUAGUGCGCACAAAAGCAACGAAAGAAGGGUAAAAUCAUAGUCGAAGGUGAGAGUGCACAUCAUGGCAAUGGCUUCUACGAGUCUCUCAUCCUCAUGGGCUUCGUCUCUAUGGUUUCAAAAUCGCAGCUUCUCAGACAAUGCGAGCUCAGAGACAAUGAGAGGUUCUGUUAGAGUCCCACUUUUGACUGUUGUUGCUCAAAAGAAAGUCAAGAAAUUUCACAAGGUUAUAUUGAAGGAGGACGUGUCGAAAGUGGGGAAAAAGGGGCAGCUGACGAAGGUGAGAGCUGGAUACCUUAGGAAUUAUCUGCUGCCAAUGGGCAUGGCCCAAAUCGCGACUCCUGAACUUCUCAAGGAAAUGAAGAUGGAGGAGGAGAGAAUUGAGGCAGAGAAAAAACGUGUGAAAGAAGAGGCACAACAGCUUGCUCGUGUUUUCCAGACAGUUGGAGCUUUCAAGGUGAAGCGAAAGGGUGGGAAGGGAAAACAAAUUUUUGGAAGUGUCACAGUUCAAGAUCUUGUUGACAUAAUCAAGGCCCAGCUCCAGAGGGAUGUGGACAAAAGACUUGUUUCUCUUCCUGAUAUUAGAGAAGUCGGGGAAUAUGUUGCAGAGAUAAAGCUCCAUCCAGAAGUUACAGCUCGAGUGAGGUUGACCGUGUAUGCUAACUGAGAAAAAGCAUUCUCUAAAGUAACUCGGACAAGGAUUUCGUCAAACAAAUGUUGAUAUAUGGCGAGGCUUGGUAUGUAUAAGGUAUUUGUUAAUGUAUUCAGUUAUUAAACGAGAACGCUUAUUCCAAACCUUGGCUUAUGUAGUUGUAUUCGAUCAAUUUUGGAUUUGUUUGAAACAUGACAGCUGCAAUUAUGUGAAACUGAUUUUGACAGUUUGAAGCCACACUUGCUCAAUUUUGGUGUAGGUGUUAGUAUUUUUGUUUUGUUCCAAGAGUGUUAACUUUCAGAAAAAGUGCUUCUCAACUUCUAUAUGAAUACUCAUAUUUGACAGCUAGUAGGCAAGCACUCUUGUUUUUAAAGUUGGCAAAAACUCAAAACUAGUUGGCAAGUGUACUUAAGUAUUAUGACCUUGACUUUAUCACUCUUUUAAUCCCACUAUGUGUGUGUGUAGUUGCUGGUAAAGCAAGAAUCUUUGGUGCAACAUUAAGUAAUGCUCAAAUGUUAGAAGUGGUGAACAUGAUAUCCAAUUAUUGUGUACUAAGGGAAAAGAUUAUAUACUUUACCUAAUACUUUUUGAUGUUCUUACUCUACCAGCUCAUAUUACUACUGAUGUUUUAUUCUUUUUGGACAAGCCAAAACAAUAAUUACACUAAUCCUCCCCACUGUUGUGAGA